UUUCUAAGUAGUAUACCAUACGUAUUAUAUUAAGAUCGAAAUUAGCUGCGUUGAACUUGUUCUUGGCUCAACUCGGCUAAAAAAGAAUUGGUCGAACUAGAACACUCAAUUUUACUACAAACAUUUUUUUAGUUCGACCUUGAUUUGAUUUAAGCUUGUGAAUAAUUUGGUACACCUUGAUAUCUUGAAUAAAAUUAACCUAAAGAUAAAAUGUUUAAACGAUCAAAUAUGUUCUUUCAACUAAUCUCAUAUCUUAAUAAUAUUUUUUUUCUAAGUACAUAUAUUGUAUAGAAAUGUUUUUUGGACACAAGUCGACAUCAACACCAUAUGUAAAUAUAGUUUCAACUUUUAUACUCAUUGGUUAUAUAUGCGAUUUUCAACUUUUGUCGUUUUUACCUCUUUGUUGGUUUUAACAUUACACACUACAUAAAGACUAAAAUGUAUACAUAGUAUUAUAAUGUAUUGUAUUUUAUCCCUAUUAGCUCAGUUAAUAGGGAUAUCACAUUUUAUUUGUAGGGUCUGGGUUCGAACCCCGAAUGCUCCAUUUAUCCACCUUAAGAGUGAAACUAGACUACACGACAAAAAAAAAUUAACAAUUAAAAUUAAAAAACUUAAGACAAAAGUGCGUCAAAAAAAAAAACAAUAAAAAAUGCUUUACUACUAUAUCUACUACUAUAACCAAAACUAAUCAUGCACAGAAAAAAAGAAAGAAAAAGAAAAGUUUGUAAAUAUGCGGGUUGCAGGCUGGUCCGCAAAAGAGUGAAAGGCUUACAUUCCUUCAAAUAAUACUUGUAUGUCGUCUGCCCUUUUCCCUCCUAAAUUUAGCCAAACACACCAGGAUUCUCUCUGUCUCUUUCUUUUCUUUUCUCUUCUUUCAUUCUAUUCAUUUCAAUGUUGUUCAAUUCUUUUAUCAAUACAACGGGCUCUUUCAGUUUCUUAAUAGAUUUCAUCCUCAAAGAAGAAGAAGAAGAAGAUGCAUCACAACCACAACCUCCAAUGGUUGUGGAUUAUUGCUUUGGUCUCAACCACAACAGUUCAAUGCAAAACCUCCUCCCAGGAUGUUGCAGCCCUUAAUGUGAUGUACACCAGCUUGAAUUCUCCUUCCCAACUCAGUGACUGGAAAUCAAGCGGAGGUGAUCCUUGUGGUGACUCCUGGGAAGGAAUCAAAUGUUCUGGCUCAUCUGUCACCGAAAUAGAUUUAUCUGAUUCCAGACUUACCGGAUCAAUGGGCUACCAGUUGUCAAGCUUAACAUCAGUUACCUACUUUGAUUUGAGCAACAACAACCUCAACGGUCAAAUACCGUAUCAACUCCCUCCAAAUGCUCGUACCAUAGAUCUUUCUAAGAAUGAAUUCAGUGGAAGUAUACCUUAUUCCAUUGGUCAGAUGAAAGACCUCAACUCUCUAAAUCUUGCACAUAAUCAGCUCAAUAACGAGCUGGGAGAUAUGUUUAAGAGCCUCACUAAACUCAAACAAUUGGAUGUAUCAUUCAAUUCACUAUCAGGAAACCUGCCUCAGAGUCUUGAAUCACUCUCAAGCCUCGAGAAGAUACAUCUGCAAAACAAUAAAUUCUCUGGUUCAAUAAAUGUCCUUGCCAACCUUCCACUUGAUGAUGUAAAUGUUGAGAACAACAAAUUUACUGGUUGGAUUCCUGAGGAGUUAAAGGAUAUAGAUAACUUGAAAACUGGAGGAAACUCUUGGUCAACUGGGCCAGCACCACCUCCUCCUCCCGGUACACCUCAUAUCAAGCAUUCCGAGAAAACUGAUGGAAAGUCUAUUGUAACUGGAGUGGUUAUAGCCGGUGUAACUUUUGGUAUCCUGGCCAUAAUCAUAAUCUUUGUUGCUCUUUCUAAAAAAAGGCCAUCUUUACCUUCUUCACGUUUUAUUGAUGAAGAGAGACUUAGCAAGAACAGAUCUUUUACAACGUUUUCAUCGCAGGAGUUGUCUAAAGAUUCAGGAUUUAAAUCAGUGGAUUCCACUUCAAUUGACAUAAAGGCUUUACAAAAAAUUCCAUCAAUUGGUGUUAGGUCAUCAGUCUCUGAUUGUGUACAAGCCUUUAAUGACAAUGAGUUUGUAAAGCGUCUAAAUUCUAGAAGAAGCACAUCAAUCCGAUGUACUCCCUUUUCAUUUGGAGAGUUGCAAAUUGGUACUGCUAACUUUGCUUCAGGUCGACUUCUUGGUGAAGGAUCCAUUGGACCUGUUUAUCGUGCCAAAUAUGCUGACGGAAAGGUAUUCGCUGUAAAAAAAAUCAACCCUUCACUUUUAGAUGGGGGUUCUCCUGAGGAAUUCUCUCAGAUUGUAACAAGUAUCUGCAAACUUCGUCAUCCAAAUAUUGCUGAGGUUGUUGGUUAUUGUUCAGAACAGGAGCACAUGUUAAUAUAUGAUUAUUUCAGAAAUGGUUCUCUACACGAUUUUUUACACUUAUCGGAUGACUUCAGCAAACCACUAACUUGGAACACCAGAGUCAGAAUUGCAUUGGGAACUGCUCGGGCUGUUGAGUACCUACAUGAAAUUUGUUCUCCACCUUUAGUUCACAAGAAUAUCAAAUCCGCCAAUAUUUUGCUUGACACAGAUUUGAGUCCCCGUCUCUCAGACUACGGUUUGGCAUCCUUUCACCAGCGUACUAGCCAAAAUCUCGGGGCAGGAUAUAAUGCACCAGAAUGCACAAAACCAUCAGCCUAUACCUUGAAGAGCGAUGUAUACAGUUUUGGUGUAGUGAUGCUCGAACUUUUGACAGGUCGAAAGCCUCUAGAUAGUUCAAAGCCAAAAGCAGAGCAAUGUCUCGUUCGUUGGGCUACCCCGCAGCUUCAUGACAUAAAUGCUGUGGAAAAAAUGGUAGACCCUGCCUUGCGGGGACUUUACCCUCCUAAAUCACUCUUCGGAUUUGCUGACAUCAUCGCCCUUUGUGUUCAGUCUGAGCCCGAAGUUCGGCCACCUGCAUCAGAGGUGGUUCAGGCAUUGGUGCGAUUAGUUCAGGGUUCAAGUAUAAAAAUGAGAGAGGAUCUUGGUGCUGGACAGAUGGAUGAUUAUGAUGAUUGAGACUGUGGAAACAUCGAUCUUUGCCACCCACAAAGUUCUUAAAAUGGGAAUAUUUGUCCAUACAUACGUAUUAUUAUUCUUUUAAAGUAGUCCUAGGUUGUUCGAGAAAAGUUAGUAUUAGGUAAGAUUUGAGAAAUUUGUAAGUUUUAAAUUAGUAUAUGUUCAAUGUUCUUAUUAAGUAGUUAUCAAGACUAAAAAUUGAAUAUCAAUUAUAGAAGCACUCUUGUUUUUUUUAAUGAAAAGUUUCAUUCUAUAUCCUUAA